AUGAAGGGCUCUGUUUUCGCGGCCGCCGCCUUGGUGGGCUCUGCUCUCGCCGAUUCUCACCUUCACCGUCGCCACGAUGCUCUGCACCAGAAGCGCUCUCUUGCUGCUUCCGGUUCCGCCUCUGCCUCGGCCUCUCCCUCAUCGGUCGCUCCUGUGCUCCCCGGUGAUGAGACCUGUGGCUGCACUACCAAGGUCAUCACCUACUGGGGUGAGCCUACUGUUGUGCCCGUCUUCGAGUCCCCGUCCCCGUCCUCCUCCGAGGUCGAGUCGACUACCACUCUUACCAACACCGUGCACCGCACCAGCACCAGCACCAUGACUGUGACUGUCACCCCAUCUGUGGCUCCCUCUGUCGAGGCUACUUGGUCCGCUACCCCAUCGCCUUCGACCUCUGAGUCGCCUCUGCCUACCAACGGUGUGACCAGCUACUCUUCUACCGGUGUCUACACCAUCCCGGCCACCACCAUGACUGUGGUCGACACUACCACUGUCUGCGGUGCUGCUGCCACCAGCGUCACCAGCGGUACCAACACCAUUGGUGGUCUCACCACUGUUGUCAGCACUGGUACUACCGUGACUUGUGGAUACGCCACUACCUCUUCCACUGGUACCACUGUCACUGAUAUCAUUGCCUACACUACCUACACCUGCCCCGUUGCUGGUACCUACACCGUGGUUCCCGGUACCACCACCGUUGUUCCUAGCGACACCACUAUCAUGUACACCACUGCCUCCACCAUCACCCCCGGUGUCUACACCAAGCCCGAGAGCACCGUGACCGUUACCGAGACCGAUACCACCUACUACUGCCCUUACGCCACUAGCACUGGUCUGGCCAGCGUCCCCACCGUUGCUGCUACCACCACCGCUGUCCCCAUCCCUGCUGCUACCUCUGCUGCUGCUGCCACCAGCUCCGCCGCUGCUGCUACUACCGGCACUAGCUCCUCUGGUCUCACCGGUGCUGGCCAGUACGGUAUGACCUUCUCCCCCUACACCUCGACCGGUGAAUGCAUGACACAGGAUGAGGUCACCCAGAACAUCCAGAUCAUCCACGAGAAGGGCUUCGAUCUCGUCCGUAUCUACUCCACUGACUGCAGCGGUCUGGAGUUCAUUGGCAACGCCUGCAAGCAGUUCGGCAUGAACAUCAUCCUCGGUGUCUACAUUGAGUCCAGCGGUACCUCCGGUGCCCAGGAGCAGGUUACUGCUAUCAACGAGUGGGCUCAGUGGGAUAUGGUUGAGCUGAUCGUCGUCGGUAACGAGGCCGUCUCCAGCGGUUACGUCACUGCCGCCGAGCUUGCCAGCUUCAUCUCUUCCUCUAAGUCUUCCUUCGAGUCUGCUGGUUACACCGGCAAGGUCACCACCACCGAGCCCAUUGACAUCUGGCAAGAGUAUGGUACCUCCAACCUUUGCUCUCCCGUUGACAUUGUCGGUGCCAACAUCCACCCCUUCUUCAACUCUGACACCACCGCUGAGGAGGCCGGUACCUUCGCUCUGAGCGAGUACAACAUUCUUGAGGGUAUCUGCUCCAAGGACGUUGUCAACCUCGAGACUGGCUGGCCCACCGCUGGUGAGUCUAACGGCAAGGCUGUCCCCGGUGUCUCUGAGCAGGAGAUUGCCAUCAAGGCCAUUGCCGCCAAGAUCGGCUCCAAGUCUAUCUUCUUCUCUUACGCCGAUGACGAGUGGAAGAACCCCGGCGAGUUCGAUGUUGAGCAGCACUGGGGCUGCAAGAACGUUUUCUAA